AUGUUCUCAAGCGUGACGUUAACAGAGGGAGCGCUCUCUCACAGCGAGAGCGAGCAGCUUAUAAAUUGGAAUGCCAUAAUCCCGCAACGAGUGGACAGAUGCAUUCACCACAUUAUCCAGGAGCGCUGUGAAUCUCAGCCAAAUGCUCCGGCAGUGUGCUCUUGGGAUGGCAGUCUCACAUAUGGCGAGCUAGAACUUUUUUCCUUCCUAUUUGCAAGUCAACUCGUCGCUGUUGGGGUAAAGCCUGGUGAUUACGUACCUCUCUGCUUUGACAAAUGCCGUUGGACCGUGGUCGCGAUGCUAGCGGUGAUGAAGAUUGGCAGUGCCUUUACCCUCUUGGAUCCGCAGCACCCUUUGGAACGGCUCAGUACUAUUUGCUCGCAACUUUCAGCUACGACAAUAAUUGUCUCCCCAUAUCGCAGGGAUUUAGGCACGAAGCUGGCGCCCACUGUCAUCGAACUCGAUGAAUUUUCUUUUCUAGGGGCUCCGGUGGAACUAAUGGACAAUAGCUCAUACUUGGUCGGCGCCGACAAUAUCGCCUUUGUAUUGUUCACUUCGGGAUCGACAGGACAGCCGAAAGCAGUCGUGAUCUCCCAUUCCGCGUUCGCUACUGGAACGGCUUGCCUAUCUGCUAGCAUGCAACUAGAACGCACGUCGCGGGUUCUACAAUUCGCAUCAUACGCUUUUGACGUAUCAACCUCCGAUCACCUUCUAACUCUCCUAGUCGGUGGCUGCAUCUGUGUUCCCAGUGAGUCAGAGCGGCAGACAGAUCUCAGCGAGGUGAUGAGCAACCUGCAAGUCAAUUGGGUCUGCUUAACUCCAUCUGUUGCGCGCAUUGUCCCCCCGGAGCGCUGCCCAACGCUGAAAACACUGGUACUGGGUGGAGAAGCUAUCUCGAAGGUAGACAUUGACAUGUGGGGUCCGCAUGUGCAGCUCAUAGGGAUCUACGGCCCUAGUGAGUGCGCCGUUGCCUCGAGAGUCCAGCCAGAAUUUGGGCCAUCAACAAAGCCAGUCAAUAUCGGGAAAAAGGGAUGUGUUGCUUGUUGGGUGGUGGACCCGCAGGAUCACAACCGUCUCGUACCCAUUGGGGCUGAAGGGGAGCUCCUUUUACAGGGCCCCACUAUCAGCUGUGGUUACCUCAACGAUCCCGAACGAACCGCGGUGGCUUUUGUUAGCAAGCCGCAAUGGGCGACCUACGUUCGCCCUGAGCUCGGUACGAGGUGGUAUAAGACGGGUGACUUGGUCCGUUAUGAAGACGACGGAUCUUUGCUCUAUUGUGGCAGAAAGGACAUGCAGGUGAAACUCCGCGGACAGCGGGUUGAGCUGGGGGAAAUUGAACAUCUUUUAUGGCAAUACUUCAACGGGGCUAGUGGUAUUCUCGCGGAUGUGGCGACCCUCAUGGGCAGAACACCAGUGCUUGUAGCUUUCAUUUGCUGCUCUGUUGAAAAGCAACGCACAUCGCCCUGCGAGUUAUUCCUACAGCCGACGCCAGAGUUUCAUGAGAAUGCGAAGGCAGCACUGUACUCGCUCCACCAGUCUCUACCAAGCUAUAUGGUCCCCUCCUUUAUCAUGAACAUCACAUGCAUUCCACGUUCUCCAACGGGCAAGGCGGAUCGCCGGUCGCUGCGUGAGGCAAUUGGGAAGUUGAGUGUUGCACAGCUGCGAGAGUAUUGCGGCCAACCACCCAAAAUAUUCCCGACUAGCGAAAAGGAGCAGACCCUGCAACAGCUUUGGGCAGAUGUGCUGUUGCUACCCCCGGAGAAUAUCGGCUGCUGCGACAGCUGGACCUCUCUUGGCGGGGAUUCUUUGUCUGCCAUGAAGCUUGUCAGCUACGCGCGUGAGAGAGGCUUCCGACUAUCAGUUCUGGACAUAUUUCGUCAUCCUACAGUAGCGGAGUUGGCAUCACUCGUGCGUCGAACGACUGAUAGUCAACCAGACGGUGCAGACCACUGCCGGCAGGCGAAGAGCGACAUGACUAUAUUGGAGCGGAUGCGGCAGGUGGCUGCAGAACAAUGCAGCGUUGGGCAGGAGAUGGUCGAAGAUAUCUAUCCAUGCACCGAGGCGCAGAUGUGGCUUAUUAGGAUGGCAUCCCAGAGUUCAGCAAACUAUACAUUGCUAUUGCAGUUCGAUUUGCCCGAUGAUGUGGACUGCAAUCGCCUCUCCCGUGGCUGGGAUGCUGCCGUGAAAGCAAAUCCCAUCCUACGGACACGAAUCAUCCGAUCAGGGGAAAAUGAAUAUCUACAGGCAGUAUUACGGGAUGGCCCGCCCUCGGACUCUCCUGACUCAAUUAGUGAAUUCAAAGCUGAGAGAGACAUCUGGGGGUUUGGACAGCCUUUAGUACGCAUCGCUGCAUCCGAAGGGCGCUGUGCAGUAAUGAUGCAUCAUGUCCUAUUCGACUACUAUUCGCUCCCCUUGGUCUUCCAGCAAAUAGACCAUGGUUACCGGGGGCAUAGCAUCCCCCUUCAGCGAUUUAGAUCUUACGUCCAGCACACGCUGCAAAUGGAUGCACAGGCUAGAGACCACUGGAAAAACCAGUUCGCAGGGUUUUCUGGAAAGGUAUAUCCUUGCCUACCGCAUCAAGCGUACUGUCCGAUCGAAAAUUCACGCUGGCAAUACAAGUUUCCCAGGCCGUACACAAAUAGCGAGUUUACGCUGUCAACGCGACUCCGACUGGCGCUGGCUAUCACCAUGGCGAAUAGCAUGGGCCACGACGACAUCGUGUUUGGCGCUAUAGUUACCGGUCGCGGCACUCCAGUGCGUGGAAUAGCCGAGCUCGCUGGUCCAACGGCAACCUUUGUCCCCGUGCGGAUUACGUUGGAGAAAGGAGUAACGCUCUACAGGGCGAUGAAACUGGUCCAAGACCAGGCGCUGGAAGAUCUCCGGUUUGAACAUGCUGGCUCCUCCCUUAUCAGCCAGGUCAGCACCCAGGCGGCACUCGCCUGUCGAUACCAGACCAUCCUCAUUGUCCAGCCCGAUGCAUCGAGCAUGUUCAAUGGCAUAUUUUCCCAAUCUCAUUCCUUGUCGGGGAGCGAAAUGCUGGCCAACUUUGGACUAGUCCUUACCUGCCACCCAUCGCGGGACAACAUCCAAAUUGACGUCAAGUCCGACAGUAAUGUGAUUGAGAAGGAUGAGGUACUCAUGUUUUUGCAGACCUUUGCCAACGCCUUUCACUCUUUGACCGAAUGGCCCCAAAAGUUGAUCAGUGAGGUCAUUGGCUAA